AUGACCUCCCCACCCCCCCUCUCCAACCUCCAUGUCCUCGAACUCGCCGGCCUAGCACCAGGCCCCUUCUGCGGCUUCCUCCUCUCCAGCUACGGCGCCUCAGUCCUCCGCAUCGAUCGUCCAGGCAGCAUCGCCUCAAACGACCUCUUAACAUCCUACAAGUCCUCCAUCGCACUAGACCUGAAAUCCAAAGCAUCACAUUCCCUGCUUUUGUCACUCGUCUCAAAAGCCGAUGUUCUCAUCGAUCCGUUUCGACCCGGUGUGUUGGAAAGGCUGGGGUUAGAUCCUGUGACUGUCCUGCAGAAGAUUAACCCACGUUUAAUCGUGGUGCGGCUGACGGGAUUCAGGCGUGAUGGGAAAUAUAAAGACAUGGCGGGGCAUGAUAUCAAUUACCUCGCUGUGAGUGGUGUGCUAAGCAUGCUGGGCGAAAAAGGUCGUCCGCCCUUACCGCCUGGAAACGUCCUUGCUGAUUUCGCGGGCGGUGGACACGUCGCGUUCACGGGUGUGUUGCUCGCGCUUAUCCAUCGCGGUGUUAGCGGAAAGGGUCAGAUAGUUGAAGCGAACAUGGCGGACGGUGUGAAUUAUCUGGGGACGUACCCGCGCUUACUCCUCAAACACCCUAUGUGGAAUGGCGAACGAGGAACGAAUACCUUGGACGGAGGAGCGCCGUAUUACGGCUGUUACGAAUGUAAGGAUGCAGGACGUUACAUGUCUGUUGGUUCAUUGGAGCCGCAGUUCUUCGAGGUGUUGUUGAAGGGGCUUGGUUUGACGGAGGCGGAUAUCGUGCCCGAGAAGGAUAUGCGGAGGGAAGACAAGAGGAGUUGGGAGCAUAUGCGUUUAAUAUUUACAGCACGGUUCAAGACUAGGACGAGAGAAGAGUGGGAAAAGAUAUUUGAUGGGACGGAUGCGUGUUGUGUGCCUGUGUUGACUUUUGAUGAUUUGGAGGUGAGAGAUUAUGACUUUAGGCCUUUAGUAGGGUUGACAGAGAGCCCGGCGAAGGAAGUUGAUAUGAAGUAUCAUGGGAGAGCGAUCAAACCAGGAGAUGGAGCGGAGAAUGCCCUGAGGGAAUGGAUGGGUUGGCAAAAGGGUCAGGAAUGGGAUGUGAGUGGGAAAGGAGCAGCUGAAUUGAGAGGGAAAAGUAAGCUGUAG